AUAGGCUUAACGCAAGGACACUUAUCCGAUAUCAGCCCCUAUAUAAACAAAAUGAACCAAACAAAUGAAUGAUUUGUUACAAAAAACGCAAAAUGAACGCAUGUGUGUUCGGGAUAUAUUUUUUCGUGAUAUUUGGUGUCUGUGGUGCGAACGAUCGAGAUGCUAAGCUAAGAUUUUAUUUCAAUUCAUUCAACAACUUUACUGAAUUUUCGAUAUCUGAAGCUCACAAAAUAUUUCUGACGUCAUGGUACAAACCCCAUCACGGCACUGUGAUAUUUGCUCACGGAUUUACAGGUAAGCCUACCGGACCAGCAAUCACCAAUGUCAUCACCGCAUAUUUAGACCAAGGAAAAAGUAAUGUAGUUUUACUCAAUUGGGAAUACUUAGCUUCAGCGACAACGUCGAAUCUUGCCAAUUCAUAUCUCAAUUGGGCAGCACCCAAUGCCAGACAGUUGGGAGUUGAUCUUGUCGAUGCCUUCAUUAGUCUCGCUGGAGCUGGACUUAAUUUGAAUGAAACGCACCUUAUCGGACAUUCGCUUGGAGCGCAUGUUUGGGGCAUUGCUGGCAGCAAUAUGAUGUCGAAAGGGAUAGUAUUGCCACGAAUUACUGGCUUAGAUCCGGCCGCUGCAGGUUUUGAGAAGAAGCGUACCCAAAAACUUGAUACUUCAUCAGCUGCCUUCGUGGAUAUUAUUCAUACAGAUUUCAAUAAGUACGGAAUGAGGACUUCAUCUGGCACGGUAGACUUUUGGCCUAACUACAGGAUGGGUCCCGCCGUCAAGCAACCUGGCUGUCCGCAUCAUCCGACUCCAAUGUUUUCUAAAGACGAUCUAUGCAGUCACAAUAGAAGUUGGCAAUUGCUGGUGGAUGCAUUUAAAUAUCCGGGAACUCUAAUAGGAUCUUACGCUAGGAACUACAGGACGUGGAAGAAUUAUUCUAAGGCUGAUAGGGAAGCUGUCACUUUACAACUUGGAAAAUAUGAUCAAAACUUGCGUCCAGGAAAUUACUUUCUUGUGACAAAAUCUGAAUCACCUUAUGGACUUGGAAUGGAUGGACUUUAA